AUGAGCAACUGGAGUACACAGAUGGAGCAUCACAUCAAGCCGGAACACGCCCUCCGUGUCAUGUUCUGGCAUGGACAGAAAAAGGAACCCAUCACGCCCAAGUCAAUUAAGGAUUACGAUAUAGUCAUCAGCACGUACGAGUCAAUAUCUUCUGAUUGGUUUUCGCAAAAGUCGACUUCCCUUCCGCGCAAGUCAGGCCCCUUCUUUAUCAAGUGGCGGCGCGUAAUAUUGGACGAGGGACAUAAUACACGCAAUCCCAAAGCCAAGAAGACGGUUGCCAUUUCCAAUCUCAUGGCUCAGUCGCGAUGGUCUCUUACCGGCACACCGAUUAUCAACAACCUCAAAGAUCUCUACAGUCAAGUCCGCUUCUUGCGUCUCUCAGGUGGCAUCGAAAACUUCGACGUCUUCCACAGCGCACCAUCAUGCGUCCCGUGA